UCGAACUACUUCCACCAUCUCAUCAUUUCCACUCUGGGCGCGUACUCUGUCGCUUGGCGGCACCAACACUCAACCAUACUAGACUAGAAGAAACAGGAGCUCCAGUGUUCUUUGUGUGGUGAGGUCUUUGAUUUGGUCAGCCUCUUUAUCGGCGCCCCACGUCGUUCGAGCUGUUAUCGCCUGUGGCCGUUACGGAAUUGUAAUAUUAACUACGAAAAAUAUAAAAGAUACAGGCGAUAAUAGCACAUCACAUCGACCAGCGACAGCAUCAAGCGUCAGCAUCAGAGGCGAAUAACUCAUUGUCGUGGUCAUUAUCUGAUACUAGAAAUGGAAAUUGCGAUUUCGGUUGCCUCGUGUAUUCGGUAGUGUUUUUUUGUGUUUUCGUUUGCGCGCGUGACAUUGUUUUUCCGCUAUUAAAGGGUUUGGUAUAGGAUGAGAGCAACAGGAAGAUUCUGAAGGAACAAACGUGUUCUAGUUUGAGGACAGUGUGGCGCGACACCCAGUAGUGUGAGAUGUGCUACCAAACUUGUGCUAAAUGUUUAGCGCGGCAAGCGCACUUAAACCGACUAGCCGAUGAUCAGAAACAGCUCCGGUAGUCCACGAAGUUCGAGCGAUUAACGCGAGAAGAGAUAACGACAACAUCAGGCAAAGUAGGAGUACAAAUGCCAACAGCCGUGGGCCUUUAUGAAUUUACCACACUUCACUGUCAACUGCCGCUACUCAUUCCUUCGUCGCCUUCGCAGCAUCAGGUCUUGUCGUCAUUUGGGAAACCCCCUGACUGGUUCUCCACGGCGCCGGUAAGGCAGGUGCUUUACCCUGAAAAAAACAUGCCGGAAAAACUUCUCGUUAUUGGUUUUCAAUGAUGAAAAGAUCACUGCCAAGGUUUCUGGAGCCUGCAACUGAGGAUAAUGCCAAUGAACUCGUGCAUCAACAACAAUAUUGAAUUAAUCCCAACUGAAUCCCCAAUUACUUCGUCCUUGCUUCGACAACUCUCGAGAAAUAACAUUUCUCGUAACGGGGCUAUCGACGAUACAGGAGCUGCCGCACCGCGUGGAGCUCUUGCUGGUCUCACUAGCGGCACAUCUAACUCUGUAGCUGGAGCCGGAUCAGGACAAGGAAGUGCAGGCGUCAGUUGUAGCCACUCUGUCGAUUCCGGGAACAUCGGCGUCUGGCAUUCGCGACAGGGGCACCGGACUGAGUUGUAGCAACUCUC